CGGCGUGAAAGGGAUCAACAUACCGUCAACUGGGUUUCCUAGCCGAUGCGCCGGGUAAAAUUGGAAGCGGGACUCGGCAAUCUUCAAGGGGCGCGUCGAACCGGCGACAAGCGAGACGACGGUAAGCAGAAGAGCUCUAUGCACGCAUAAAGCACAGCAAGAAUGAGAGACGACGAUAUACAGCUGCGCCCUUCCUUAUCGCCUCGUCGCCCGCGCGGCGCCGCCAUCAUCGACAACCAAGGCGACGUCGACGGCCAAAGUAGUAGUCCCGCGUCGUCGUCGAUUGCCGCCCUCGACGAGAAGCAGCCGCACAUGCUCUUGCGCCUCGGUCGCAUCCGCGAAGCGCCCAAAGGCGCCGCCCACGCCUUGGCCAUCACGCCCAAGGCACCGACCCGGCCGCGUGGCAAUUCGCUCGACAGCGCCAAGCCCGAACUUGAGCACGACGACGCGUCGGCCAUCGUCGCCCACGAGCGGCAACGGCACGGCCAUCCGCUGUGCGUAUCGAGUGGCACGGCGGCGCCCGCGCUCACCGCGUCGCUCUCCCCGCUCGCGCUCCUCUCGCCGUUUACGACCAAGCUCGACCUCCAGCUCUCCAAGUCGCCCGUCUUCCGCAAGACGCCGUUGCCGUGGCACAAGUCGCGCAUUCAGUGGAAGAAGGGCGAGCUCAUUGGCGAAGGCACGUUCGGCAAGGUGUACAAGGGCCUCAAUAGCAAGACGGGCGAGCUCUUUGCCGUCAAAGCCAUCGACCUCUCGGGCGACGACGACAAGAAGAAAUUAGCCAAACUCGGCGAAGAGAUUGCCGUCAUGAAGGACCUCCAGCACGUGCACAUUGUGCGCUACCAAGGCACGGACCGCGACGAGCUGCAUUUCUACAUCUUUAUGGAGUACGUCCCGAACGGCUCGAUUGCGAGCAUGCUCGCGCAGUUUGGCGUCUUUGGCGUCGAAAUGAUUCAAAAAUUCACGCGUCAGAUCCUCGAGGGCGUCGCGUACCUUCACAGCAAAGGCAUCAUCCACCGCGACAUCAAAGGCGCCAACGUACUCGUCAACGAGCACGGGCAAGCCAAGCUCGCCGACUUUGGCUGCUCCAAGCAAGUGCCAUCGACAACGACGACCGACAGCCUCGAAGAGAGCUUGCGCUCGAUCCGCGGGUCGGUUCCAUGGAUGGCGCCCGAAGUCGUUCAGCAAACGGGCCACGAUUGCAAGGCAGAUAUAUGGAGCGUCGGUGCGACCGUGCUCGAGAUGGCGACCGCGCACCACCCGUGGCCCGCGAAUACGAACCACUUGUCGGUCAUGUACCACUUGGCGGUCAAGCCGUCGAGUCCGCCGAUCCCGAUCGAUUUGCCGCCAUUGGCAAAAGCCUUUCUGGCGCGCUGUUUCUGCAUUGAUGCGCGCGGUCCUCUCGCUACGGCCAUGAGAACGGGAUAUUUGGCUCAUGCGCGUGCUGGUGUAGAGCGCGCGACGGCGACCGAGCUGCUCGCCCAUCCCUUCCUGCGCUGACCGGCGGCGCAGAUGAUGAUUUAACUUAAACAGCGGCCACUUAGUAUAGCUAUGCAUAUACACAACGACGACUGUACGUAUGGAA